AAUCCAAUCUCUUCUCUCUCUCUCUCUCUCUCUCUCUCUCUCUCUCUAGUUUGUCUCCUCUUCAACCGUUUCUUCCUCUUUCUACCUUCUUCUCUUCUUCUUCUAAUCACCCUUUUAAAUCUCUCUCCAUCGAUUUCUCGUAUUGGGAUUGAAGAAUUUUUGCAUAGAGGCAUUGUUUGAUGUUUGUGUUGACUUCGAAUCUGAUUAGAAGGGGUGAUGACGAAUCGUGUUUACGAUGGAUUGAUAGGGUUGACUCGAAUGUGCGGUUAAGCACUGUUGUGUUGUUUGUUGUGUGAUUGAGUUUUAGCAAUGGCUAUUGCUGGUUUGCAUAAUGUAUCGGCUUUUGGGACCUUCUUUCGGGACUCCCAAUCUAAUGCUUCGAGGCAGUGGAGCGAUGAGCCUGGCACGCCUCGCACCAGGGCAUCCUCUCUCUUGCAGAUGUGGCGGGAGCUCGAGGGUGACCAUGUGGUGAGCCCUUCUUAUAGGUCAAGGGGGCGGAGAGUUUCCCGUAGGAGUGAUACUGGGCACGAGCUUGAUAUCUCUGAGGAUGCUGAUGAAACUAACGCUCGAGCUGUUAUAGGUUCAGAGGUGGAUCACGACGAUAACAAUAGUGUCAUAUCCGAACAAUCUAGUGACUUGGGAGAAACAGAGCGGGAACGAGUGAGACAGAUAUUUCAAGAGUGGAUGAACAGUGGUGCGAUGAGCCCUUCACCUAACCGUUCGGGACCACAGGGGCUUGGUGAGAAUGAGUGUGAAAGGGUGAGAAUUAUAAGAGAAUGGGUGCAGACGAAUUCCCGGGAGAGAAACAAUCAGGCAUCAGUUGGAGACGGAGGUACUGAGGCCGGUUCUCAUAUUGAGCAGGUGCGUGAGGGAUUGGCUGUCGCGCAUCGUGAGACCACUGCACGUCGGCCCAUUCGCAGAUUAUGUGGCAGACAAACUCUGCUUGAUCUUCUCCAAAGGGCUCAGUUUGAGAGGAAGGAAGAACUCCAGGGUCUGUUGGAGCACAGGCCCGUGUCCGAUUUCACCCACCGCAAUCGCAUACAGGCUUUGCUUAGGGGUAGAUUCUUAAGAAACGAGACAAUGGCACCGGACAUCAGACCAUCGUCUGUUGCUGUAACAGAACUGGGUAUGCUAAGACAACGGCAUACUGUCUCUGGCCUAAGGGAAGGCUUCCUUUCCAAAUUAGAAAAAUCUGCUUCUACUUCAACAAACAGUUCUGAUUCUUGGUUGAGUGAUCAAAUCCAUUCUGAAUUAGAGUCUACGUUGCAAGAAAGAGAUACAGCCGUAAGUUCGCCAACACCCGACUUGGAAAGUGUUGCGGACAGAAAUGGGGGUCCCCAGGAAUUUGGAAGAGAAGUCGCUGAAGCUGAGAACCAAGUUGUGCGUGACUUGGGUAAUGCGGAAGAUGUUUCUUCUGGGAAUGAGGGACGUGGGCAAGAAAUGUCUCCGUACAUUGAUGUCGGUCAACAAGAUGUUCCAUUUGAUAUCGCAAGUGUUGGUACUGUAGAGGGCCAAGUUUUGGACAGCGAGGUGACUGAGGAAGUGUCCACCACUGAGGGAGCUGGUGUUAAUAGACAUGAAGAAGAGAUAAAUGUAACAAUAACCAAUGAGUUUACAUUAGAAACUGACAUACCACACGAUCAUUUCGAAUCGAGAAGUGGUGUGAGUUAUGAUGAGGAAUUUGCAUCCCGUACUGUUGACUUGGAAGGAAAUGCGGACGAACAAUUUGACGGGCCAGUGGAUUCUGUAGCUGACAUUGAAGAAUGGGUGGAUACCAGUGGAGAAUCAAUGGCUAGAAGUUGGCAGGAAGCCUCUCAUACUGAGUUGUUACGAGAAACAUCUGAUAACAAUGCUGCAGUGCAAGAUCGGAUGCAAGAAUCACACGACGACUGGCCAAGCCACGACUUACAGGAGGCUAUUGAUAGUUGGCUGGGUAUGCCUUCUGCAGAGGUCGGUGAGUCCGUUGGAAGACUAGAUUCAUUCUAUUACUCUGAUGACGACAAUGCUCACAGUAUCGAACUCCGGGAACUUUUCAGCCGGAGACGCGUCUCUGGUCUUCUUCGAAGUGGUUUCCGUGAGAGCCUCAACCAGAUGCUACAAUCUCACGUGGAAAGGCAAGGUCAUGCCUCUGGCGAUUGGGAAAUGGAGAACGAAUCUUCUUCUCCUAGUCUAGUUGAUCAAGACCAAGGAGAGCAACCAAAUGGUGACCGAGCCUUGGAUGUUGCAGAGAGAAAUUCAUUCGCUCCGGAAUCUUCCUUCGUCUCUGCUCCCCGGCCACUCUGGGACGAGGAAAUGCAGGGGGCGAGCUUGCCUCACUUCAACUUGAGCCAGCAUUUCGGAACGGACUGGGAGGUGGUUAACGAGCUGAGAGCCGACAUGGCCAAGCUUCAGCAGAGGUUAAACAACAUGCAAGGCAUGCUGGAACAAUGCAUGGACAUGCAAAUCGAGCUGCAGCGUUCAGUGCGCCAAGAGGUUUCCGCUGCUCUAAACCGGUCCUUCACAACAAAAGGGACAUCGAAAAGGACCCCUCCCCACGACGAGUCUCAAUUGGACUGUGUGAGGAAAGGGAUCUGCUGCUUGUGUCACGACACCAACAUCGAUACGUUAUUGUACAGAUGUGGGCACAUGUGCACCUGUUCCAAGUGUGCUGAUAAACUGAUCCAGGACACGAGGAAGUGUCCGAUGUGCCGGGCCCCGGUAGUCGAGGCGGUCCGAGCUUACUUUAUCCAGUGAAUAAAAAUCAAAGAUGAAAUUAGAGUUUAGUAGAUUUAUCUGAUUCAGGAUGAGGAAGUUGCUUGAUGAUUGAGCUCUUUUUUCUUACAGCAACUAAAGUUGUUUAACAAAAGUAGGUGAUAUAUUUGACCAGAUAGUCAUUGGUAUUUUUGGAUGGCUUCUGUUGUGAAUAAAGAGUAGCACGGCCUGAGGGGUGUGGUUGAGUGGACGAGACUCGUCAUUCGUAACCGAACGUCAGGGGAUUGUCGAUCUUUGGCUUUGGGGAAGGAAUAGCCUUAAAUUUUCGGGUCUUCAAGGUGCCUACACAUACACGAGUGGAUUAGUCACUGGGUCUGCCGGUUGAAAUCUUGACAGAGCCAAGAAAAAAGAGUGGCAUGAGAGAUUGAUGAAUGGGGUGAAAGCUGAUAAUUGAUUGGUGCAUUGCACAUGUGCAGUAGUCAAUGAAUUAUGGGCUGCAUUAUUUGUUGUAUCAUUUGACACUUUGAGAUAUGUAUUUAUUUGGAGUGAUUAUAUAUAGUGGCAAAACCCAAUUUCUCUUA